CCUUUAAAAGUAUCUCCCCACACAAGCAUUCAAAGCUUCCCCCCUCUGUCAAACAUUCUACAUCGUGGAGCCCUUCAAUGGACAGCCAAGAUGGCACUCCACCACCGCCUCCGGUAUUGCCGCCACCUCCUGCCAGUCCCUACCUCUUUGCGUUGCCGACACCAUCGUCGCUCCUGUCCUCCUCGUUGUCGCACCCACUAAUAGACACCUCGGCCUCAGCUCAAGCGUUGGCUCUUCCUUCAUCUUCGUCUUCUUCGGAUAUCGAUUGGGUUGGCCUCUUAUCCGGCCAGCUCAGUGGGCUUCACGAGAAUAAGUCGAUGACGUCGAUGGAAAACGCGCUGAUGACUACGAUGUUGCCUGGACAUGGAGGAGUAGAAGACAGGAGCGAAGGGCAGGUUAAGAAGAAAGUGAUGAAUAGGACAAGGAGGCCAGCGCGGCCUAGGAUUGCGUUCCAAACAAGGAGCGCGGAUGAUAUUCUGGACGACGGGUAUCGCUGGAGGAAGUAUGGACAGAAAGCCGUCAAGAACAGUGUUCAUCCCAGGAGCUAUUAUCGGUGCACGCAUCACACAUGCAAUGUGAAGAAGCAGGUCCAGAGGCUAGCCAAGGACACGAGCAUCGUGGUCACGACGUACGAAGGCAUCCAUAACCAUCCCUGUGAAAAGCUAAUGGAAACCCUAACUCCUCUCCUCAAGCAAAUGCAGUUCCUGGCCAGAUUCUAGCUUAGCCAUCAAACUUGAAGAUCACCUAACUAUGUCGAAAACUUAAAGCACUUUGGUAUCAUCCGAUAGAUUAUUCUUCUUGGGGUUCUAUAGUGUAUAGAACUAACCAAAUCCCUAUACAAAUACUGGCGUAUGUCAAUGGCAAACUUCCUGUACAUGGACAGCUCAACGAUAGCAUCGCUAUACGUACAUUGCAUUUCUUCUGCAAGAGAUUGCAUUUGUUUCAAUGAAUGUGCUACGUUAUACAUA